AUGAGGUUAAGCCGGGGACAUUACAUUUUUCUUGGAGUAUUUGCUAUAACCCAAUGUGUGGUGGUUUUUCUACGAUUCAAACUAACUGGUGUUGAUUACUAUCGAUUGAAACGGAUUCACAAUUUGAUCAAUGCGGGAUUUUUGAUGAUGUUGGGAUCGAUGUUCAUAUGGAGCAGAGUCACAGCGGCAUUGAAUUAUCUGGAUCCGGAUCGAAUAACACCAGCUCGACUGCGAUGGCGAACCAUCUGUCUUCAAGAUGUUGCACGAGCUUCGCUUCUGAUCUUGCUUAUCCUAUCGCAGUUCUCAAUGAUAUUCUAUUUCCUACUGCUCGGGGCAGAACCUCAUCUUCUCGCUCAAGUAAGUCUAGUCGGAUUGGCAGCUUAUUUACAUGUGCUUGUAUUCUUGGUCAUUGCGGAAUCUGUUCAUUUUAUUAGUACGGUUUCAUUGAAAUACGGUGUUUUUGAGUCGUUAAACAGGUACAUAGUUAGUAAUCGUCAUGCUUACACAUUUCUCUCUUUACUUUGUGCUGUGUUACUCAUCCUUGGUGGACUCUACGCGACAAUCACGGAUCCGGUUUAUACGCAUGUGACGAUUCCUUUGAAGGUGAACUUUUGA